AUGUUUAAAUCUUCUUUAAAUCCGUUUCGUGUUGGCUUCCCCUCUCGCUUGAUGAAGAUCACAAAUGGAGGAGAGGCAGCAGUUCAGAGGCGAGCUGAGGCGCCUGUUUUCCUCUCUCGCUCUUUUCAUUUAACUCCAUCUGCGGCAGAAAGCAAAUCAAUUCGCAAGUCUGGCUUAGGGAAUUGCUUGUCUAUCUUAGGGCUCUGUUCUCCCGCUGUUUUCCCUGGUUUGAGUUCCUCUUUCUCUCGUUCUGCUUACCACCACUCGGCGCAAUUGCAGCGGUUUUUUACGAAUCGCUACCACAAAAAGGUCUGUCCGAAGUGCACGCGAACGAAUAUUUUGCCCGCAACGCGCUGUUACUUCUGCGAGACGCCUCUAACUGAUUUGCACAUCCAAAGCAUUGGCAGAGAUCCUCUCUGUGAGUUGGUGUUGUCUCGCGGCGCCCAUCACGACCAAUCAGCGGCCUUAAAGGCGAAGUAUGUUGCUAUUAAGGAGAAGAAAUAUGCAGAAAAUGACUACAACUCCCUACAGAAGAUAUUGAAAGACUUUCCACAGCCGCUCGCAAGCUCCCCGUGUCUGCCAGCAGCGCCAGCAACACCAGCAGCAGCCGCAGCGGCAGCAGCAGCAGCAGAGAGGACAGCAGAGGGAGCAGCAUUCUCUGUCUGGGGAGGUGGAUACACCGAGUUGUUUCGUUCUUUCGAAUUUGUUGUUAGCACAACUCCUUUUCCCUCCGGCUUUAUUCACUUAAUAGCAGUGCCGAGGGCGUCUGUGUACGAUAUAAAGCAGCUGCGGAGGUCUCACGUGCCGCUACUGCAGGCGAUGAAGACGAAGCUGCAUGCAUUUGCAGAUCUAUUGCUUGAUUUAAAGCUGCAGCAGAUAAAAGACUCUGCAUUAGCUUCUUGUGUUAACUCUUCUUUGUUCGACGGCGAGGGAAAGCAGAAGAAAGAGAGGGAACAGCAAGACACCAGCGUCGCAGCUAGCAUAAACAGCAACUCUCCUAAAAUAAAGCAACAAAUACUUCAAAGGAUUAUCUUCGGCUUUAAUUACCCCGCAGAAUACCGACAGCUUUGUUUGCAUGCAGUCGCGCCGCCCUUUAUAAACUUUUAUCUUUUCGAGUUUCCUUACUUUUACUCCUUCAACAAAACCAUCCAAGACAUCAACAACCUCGGCUCUGUGCAGCCCUUCUCCCUCGCAGAAGGACUCGGAGACGAAGAAGACUGCGGUGUACAAACAGCUAAAGAGAGCGACGCGACUGCUCGCCGUUUGCUGCAUUUGUCUCCUUCUCGCAGUGAAUAG